GUCUCCCCCUCCUCACCCCCUCUCUUAUAGAAAUGUUGGGAGAGGUGAUGACAGCUCAUUACAGAAACUCUGUGACCAGCAGCAGGUUUAUUUGUCUCACUCCUCUUAACUUGUAUCGACACAUUUUUAUUAACAUUUACCUUUUUAUUGUCACGUUUAAUGUUUCUUCUUAAACAAAUAAGAAACAUUAACUUGAUUAACUUUAUUUCUGAUAAGAGAAAAUAACAGGAAACACUCGUUUUGAUUAUUUUAUCCUCAAGGAUUUUUGAUUUAAAAUUUGAAAUCAUUUUUCGGAGGACUCUUCUCCUCCGCUCCUCUUACACCGGCCUCCUCCUCAGCCUCCUCCCGCCAUGGGCUCCGUGUUGCCCGGCACCUCGCUGGCCCUGAAGCCGGGCUUCAAGCCGCAGCAGCCGCUUUCGCUGGCCGACAUCAUCACCUCGGACAUCCUGCACAGCUUCCUGUACGGUCGCUGGAGGCACGUGCUGGGCGAGCAGCAUCAGCACCACCAUCAGCAGCAGCAGCCGCACCUGCAGCAGCAGCAUCACCUGCAGCACGAGGAACGCACCGCCCCGAGCGCGAGCCCCAAGACCGCGUUCACCGCCGAGGUGCUCGCGCAGUCCUUUUCCGGAGAGGUGCAGAAGUUGUCCAGUCUGGUUUUACCCAGUGAGGUGAUCAUCGCCCAGAGCUCAGUCCCAGGUGAAGGUUUGGGUAUUUUCUCUAAAACUUGGAUUAAAGCAGGAACAGAGAUGGGACCAUUUACUGGACGCCUCAUCUCACCUGAGCACGUUGACCUGUACAAGAACAACAAUCUCAUGUGGGAGGUGUUUAAUGAGGACGGGACUGUCAGGUAUUUCGUCGAUGCCAGUCAGGAGGACCAGAGGAGCUGGAUGACGUACAUUAAAUGUGCAAGGAACGAGCAGGAACAGAACCUGGAGGUGGUUCAGAUCGGCAGCAGCAUCUUCUACAAAGCAGUGGAGACGAUCCCUCCGGACCAGGAGCUGCUCGUCUGGUACGGAAACUCCCACAACACCUUCCUGGGAAUCCCUGGGAUUCCUGGAGGAGAUGAAGACCAGACCAAGAAGACCAAGACUGAUGAGUUCCAGACCUGUGAAGGCUCCUCUUCUUCCUCGUCCUCGUCUGCAUCCUCCUCCCUGGGCCGCAUGCGAUGUGUUAUCUGCCACCGCGGCUUCAACUCCCGCAGCAACCUGCGCUCCCACAUGCGCAUCCACACGCUUGACAAACCGUUCGUCUGCCGAUUCUGUAACCGCCGCUUCAGCCAGUCGUCCACUCUACGGAACCAUGUCCGACUGCACACCGGCGAGCGGCCGUACAAGUGUCACGUCUGCCAGUCGGCAUACUCGCAGCUGGCCGGCCUGCGGGCACACCAGAAGAGUGCCAGACACCGGCCCUCAGGAGAUGCUGCGAACCAGGGGGGAGGUGUGGUAGUGGUGGGAGUUGGAGGAGGAGUGCAUUCAGCUCACUCACCUCCUCCUCAUCCACCACAGCUGACCACCAUGCCUCACCCAGCAUCACUGGUUCAUCAUAUACCAGCCAUGGUUCUGUGAUUGGGGGCAGGAGACAGACAGACAUACUGUAACUUUAAUUUAAAUGUGAGCUUAAUGACACAGGAACCUGGUCCCAGACAGAUGUACCCACUUUCGCCUUCAGAUCUGAUUGGCCACCUAGACCUGUCGUCAGUAUCAAGACUAAAUGACCACAAAAUUGAAACAAGUCAACAACUCUUAAAGCUAGGAUGGGCUACAUGUUUUUGUCAAUAGCAUGACAUGCAUGAUACAAACAAUCUGAUCUGAGAGAACUACACUUUUCCACCUCCUAUUCCGGCUGUUUCCAUCUUCUGUGAAAGAAACUGGAAGAGAGUCUGAAAGAGAGCGAGCGCACUCCUACUGGCUGUUCUGCUAGUACUGUAUGUACAUGCUCCGUCAGUGGUAAGGCUGCUGGAGAUGAGACUCAACAAUCAAUUGUCUUAUAGAGAAUAUGCCUACCCGAGCUUUAAACCAGAGUCACAUCAGUUUACCUUGUUUACUGACAGUGACACAGACACAGUGCUGACCUUUCUGAGAAUAAUCACACUCCUAUCAGUGACCUUUGGUGAUUUCAAAAUAAAUGAUAUAUCUGCUCUAUAUAUAUCACGUGUUACAAUGCAUUCCAGUUGCCUCAGAGGUUGGAACUGGUAAUGCUGUCACACUGAGUUAAAUUUGAGCUAGUUUCCACAAAACAAAACAAAACAGUCAGAUAAUGUUAGCGUUAUAGCUAGGUUUGCUAACUAGCAUCUAAUUUAGUCCAUUUUAAUUAAAUUAAUUAAGAGUACGACUGAGAUUAUAAGGUUUACUGAUGCAUGAAUUUGACAGAUUAUCAAUACAAAGCCGUUCAUGGUUAAAACACACUUGCAUUAUAUUUAACCAGAAAAGAGAUUUUCAAGUGUUCAAAUAAGUUUUUCAUGAGCAACAUUUCCUCCCUGAAUUUUGUUCUUAUGAAGGUUAAAUUAUGAAGAAAGUUCCAUUUAAUUUAAUUUGGUCACCGUUGGAUGUUAUAAUUAUAAUUUACAGAGAAGACGCCAAACAAGCAGGCGACAAAUGACAAGUGACAUCAUUCGAACACUGCAUCAGUGAUAACAAAUAGUGACUGUAGACCUCACACCAUGCGGGGAGGUAUAUUAUAUGCAUGCAGACACAAAACAUAGUUACAUGCCCUCGUGUGUGCUGGUUAAAGUCUCUUAAUAUAAU